AGUUUUUCAUUCCUGCUUCUCUAUACGUAAGGAUUUUUUUGAAAACCAGUUUGGGCGCCAUGUCACUGAUCAGAAGAAGGGCUUUGUAUAAGCGAAAGUCUGAUUUUUCCAGAAGUUACAGCGAUGAGGGCUCAUUUCAUGGCGAGACAAUUUACAGUCAAACUCUCGAAAUCUCUAAUGACGAAAACGAUGAUGAUUACGAUGAACGAGUCAACGAAUAUGUAGAAAAUGUUGUCAAUGAUACCAAGCAAGUUUUUUACACAGGACCGGUAUUCUUCAAAGGAUCCAUUAUCUGUGAAAAAUCUCGUGGAGAGUAUACAGUACACUUCUAUUUGUAUACAAAGUCAAUAUGGAAAGAAGACAUAAAAACCUCAGUGAAGAAACAUUAUUUGGAGGAUUUGGUAGGCCAGUCACCUGCAUUGUCUCUGAGAUCAGAGAGAAUAUUGCAACCCUGGAGGUGUGUCUUUCAGGGUUCUGUAAAUGCAAACAUUUCUGAUGGAUGUUCAGCUUAUGGAAACAAGAAAACGCAGAUUGAAGACACAGAGAAGGAAAUGAUUACGAAAUUUCUCGAGGGUAACUCACUAACAAGAUGGACUUUCAUGGAUAUUUUGAAAGAAAUGUACAUGUUUGAAGUGUCUCAUGUAACUUUUUUAUCUCGUUGGGUCCAUUUCAUUGCAACACCAAUCAACAUGAUAUUGAGCAUGAUGUUUCUUUCGCAAUUUUACCUGAUUGGCGGUCGCUAUGGUAGCAUAAUAAAUCUGAACGCCUCCCAUAUACUGGUUUUCUUUCUUGUUGCCGGCUACAUGCGACUGGGAACUAUAAGGAAGUGCGAGCUUUGGGGAAUCUCUGUGUCUAUCGUGAUACUCUGUCUUUCUUUGACGGGAAGGUCUCUCUAUAUCCGGGUCUGUGGAUACGAGUCUUGCUCGGAAGGCAUCUAUAUUUUACCCUUAGUGUUUGGAUUUUUUACCAGUUUGCUUCAGAUCACUAGCGACUACUUGUAUUCAGACUUUUCAACAGGGGAUAUUACUUUCGAAAUACUGAAAGAGAUUUUGUAUGGGUUCACGUUUGACACCAGUCUAUCAAUUCACGAUCAACUCAGAUCAAUUGUGUGGUUCUUUGCUUGGACAGUACCAUCUACAUUUAUGUCUUGGGUACAACAACUUGGAAUACAGGUAGGAUUUGUUCUGACAAAUAUUGGAUAUAGACCACCAGAAGCAGAAAUCUAUGUCAAAUACCUGAAAAGAUGUGAACAAAAUAACUUGGACAUUUAUCAUCGCUUGCCAAAGUCUUCCAUCGACGUGUCCAGAAUGUCCAUGUCAUCCCCAUGUGUUCUGGCUCUCAAAGAAUGUGGACUGAUGAGAAAAGAAAAACUGACUACCAAGGAGACCCUCAGCCUCUGUGUUACCAUCAGAUUAUGUUCAAUUUAUUUUCAAAAGAAGUAAUAUUAUGAUUUUUUUUAAUCGAAGACAGAAAGGAACCCAUGGUCUAAAUUCUGCAUCAUAAUUUUUAAACAUGUAUAGUUUGACAUUGUCAGUUAAGUCGAUUAAGACUUGUAUUUGUCAUUAAGUAGGAUAAUUGAGGAAAUUUUCAUGUAUAUGAAGUGUCUUCUUGCUCUAAUAUUUUAUUUUGCUGUCGAAAGAGCGACAACUACAUGUAACAUUCAAAAAAGACUGAUCCCAAGCAUGAAAAAUUAUAAAGUCAACUACGAUGGCCGAUAGUCGCUCGCGUGGCGCAGUGGUUAGAGCGUCUGCUCUAGAGUUGCAAGGUAAGGAGCUGAUCCUUACGCCACGGGUUCGAAUCCACUGCUUUGGAAUCCACCACUGACGUGGAGACCGUAUAAACCGAGGUCCCGCGUCGCAGGAGGUGUUGGCACGAAAAAGAUUUCUCACUGCUCAAUGGCCCUUAGUUAGAAUAAUCUAACUGUGUCUCGGGACAAGCCCUCACCACAGUUAGAAUACGUCCCAUAUACUUGCAAUAUAGCAAAUUGGAGCGGAUCCGCUCCGAAAUGAUUUUGAUGAAUACAAAAGGACUAAAAAUAGCUACCAAGUUAAUCAUAACUAACCUUUUUGAGAUUGUAUAUGCCUUUUUACCUAAAAAAUAAUCCAUAUAAAUAAGAAAAUUCAACUCAUUUUCUCAACGUUUUUUCCUCGCUUCAAAUUUACACGCCAUCUUGACAUUCGGAACUCUCUGGAUUGUUCAUAGAAAAUGCACAGAGUUCGAGUUAUCGCCCGUGUUUAUUUUGAUACAUUGCUCAUACACGGAACGAAUUCUAUCGUUAAACCGGGUCCGUAGGACAAUAUCAUUUAACGACAGCGUUUUAUCUUAAAUGGCCCUAAGUCCCAGUAUAAUGUAUAAAUUUGCAGCCCUACACCGGCAAGUGGUGGCGAUUCCAUUAGUCGCAGGUCUGUAGCUCGCUGGUCUGAAAAAAAAUUGGGAUGGAUGACAAGAAAACUACAGUGCCACCCAUUGAAAAAAGUGGAAAGUUAUUGCGCACAGAAAAGUGCGCCGUUUCUCGAUUUAUUUCUCCAUAUAUUUAAGCUCCCAUCUCAAAAUAUAAUAAACCAUGUGUUCCUAACAUAUUUUUUCCCUUCUCCCACAGUAAAACAUUUCCCAAAACCGUUGUUCAUAGCCCUCCUGUGCCUGAAAUUGAGACCAUCGAAAAUUUCGCCUAUUUAUACUGCCAUGAUGCCAUCUUGGGUGGCAAGACGAUUCGGUCCAUGAUUGGUACAUGAGUUGUACAUACAGUUUUUUUGCGUAAGUAGUAAAAGAAUAUGUUAGGAACACACGGUUAGUAAUAUUUUGAUAUUUACGGACAAAUAAAUCGAGAAACAGACUGACAGAGCACUUUUUUCUGCGCAAUAAGUAUUCACUUUUUUCAGUGGGUGGCACUGUAGCUCUCUGGUCGACCAUCCCAAUUUUUUCAGACCAGCGAGCUAAAGAUUGGCAGCUACGAUUCCAUAUGAGUGAAAUAUUCUCGAGAGGGACGUUAAACAAUAAACAAACAAACAAACAAACGAUGGCCGAUAUGAGCCUUCAAAUUACAAGUAAGAGUAAAUCUAUCAUGUGCCCAGAAAAAAAUGACUUUAACAGUAAUACCAGUGUCAUAUUGUACAUAUACAGUUUUGUACAUAUACAUGUACAGCUUUGUCAAUGACAAAUCGCUUGUAGUUGUGAUAUAAAUUUGUACAUGUAAAAAAUCUAAAGACAAAAUACAUUUGAAACUACUUAACAUUCCUCAGGUUUAUGGAGGAGAUUAUCUGUAUACUUAGACAGGUACUAAAACAAAACACGUAUGUCUGGUUUUCUUCUCAUUUUUUCCCUUUUUUACUGGGGGGGGGGGGGUCGUUAAAUAAAUGCUGUUUGCCCAAAUAUUUAAUGAUAUUAAAAAGCAUAAAAACUGUCUUUUCUUUCACAUACUCGUCUGAGAUCACAACUUUUUGAUUUUUCCAUCAAAGAAUAUUUUGAAUUAUAUAUGAAUGUUGUGUAGUUACCAUGGAAACGGUGUCUAAAGUUGAUUUUUUCUGAAAAAUGCAAUUUUUGGGAAUGUUACUUAAUGAAAUGCGGCUACUUCAAUUCAUGUUACUGACACAGAUAUAAGAAAUAUGACAUCUAAUUUUAAAAGGCAUUUAAAAACAUUGUUGGAAUUCAGUCUAUAAAUAUAAGAAAUCUAUGAUUAAAAAAGCAGACAUUCAUUAAAAAUUGAAUUAUC